GCGACGGGACUGUCUCGGGCUGUCUCGUGGGUUCAUCUGAGGAGAUUUUACGUGUUUCGGUGAGUUCUGCUGUUCAUGAACCGAGACUGAGCGCGCUCAACCGUUCUCUCGUGCCGUCCGGUGAACAUAAUCGCGUAAUGGCUGCUGAGGUGAAUGGCAGCUCUGGUGUGUUGAAGGAGGAAGAGGAGCCCAUGGAGGUAUCGGGCACACACUCGGAGAACUAUCAGACGCUGCUGGACGCUGGAUUGCCACAGAAGGUUGCCGAAAGUCUGGACAACAUUUUUCAGACAGGUCUGGUGGCGUACGCUGAUUUAGACGAGCGAGCGCUCGAUGCACUGCGGGAGUUUAAUGAGGAGGGGGCACUGUCGGUCCUGCAGCAGUUUAAAGAGUCUGACCUCUCCCAUGUGCAGAAUAAGAGUGCUUUCCUGUGUGGUGUGAUGAAGACUUACAGACAGAGAGAAAAACAGGGCAACAAAGUUCAGGAGUCGACAAAAGGCCCUGAUGAGUCCAAGAUAAAGGCGCUGCUGGAGAGGACGGGAUACACUCUAGAUGUCACAACUGGACAGAGGAAGUACGGCGGACCCCCUCCAGAUGAAGUGUUCGCGGGUCCGCAGCCGGGCAUCGGCACUGAGGUGUUUGUGGGCAAGAUCCCUCGGGACCUGUAUGAGGACGAGCUGGUUCCUCUCUUCGAGAACGCUGGUCCUAUCUGGGAUCUGAGGUUAAUGAUGGACCCGCUUACGGGUCAGAAUCGUGGCUACGCCUUCAUCACGUUCUGCAGUAAAGAUGCUGCGCAGGAAGCUGUCAAACUGUGUGACAACUAUGAGAUCCGUUCUGGAAAAUAUCUGGGCGUAUGCAUCUCUGUGGCCAACAAUCGUCUCUUUGUCGGAUCUAUUCCAAAGAAUAAGACGAGAGAAAGUAUCCUGGAAGAUUUCGGCAAGGUGACAGAGGGUUUACAGGAGGUGAUCUUGUACACUCAGCCAGAUGAUAAAAAGAAGAAUCGCGGUUUUUGUUUUCUGGAGUAUGAAGAUCAUAAAUCGGCAGCUCAAGCUCGCCGCAGGCUCAUGAGCGGGAAGGUAAAGGUUUGGGGGAACCCUGUUACAGUGGAAUGGGCCGAUCCCGUUGCUGAGCCCGACCCGGAGGUCAUGGCAAAGGUAAAGGUUCUGUUUGUUCGUAAACUGGCAAGCCCCGUCACAGAGGAGCUACUGGAGAAAACCUUCUCGCAGUUUGGUAAACUGGAGCGUGUCAAGAAGCUGAAAGACUAUGCGUUUGUUCACUUCGAGGAGCGAGACGCUGCCGUCAAGGCAAUGGAUGAAAUGAACAGAAAGGAGCUCUGCGGGGAGGAGAUUGAGAUUGUUCUGGCAAAGCCUCCGGAUAAGAAGAGGAAAGAACGACAAGCAGCGAGACAAACCACCAGAAACACAGGGUAUGACGACUAUUAUUACUACCCUCCCCCUCGCAUGCCUCCCCCGGGGCGCGCCCGUGGCCGUGGAGGACGGGGGGCCUACACCUAUCCUCCUGAUUACUACGGUUACGAGGAUUACUACGAUGAUUACUACGGUUACGACUAUCACGACUACCGAGGCGGCUACGACGACCCUUAUUACGGUUACGACGACGGUUACUCCAUGAGGGGGCGGGGAAGUCGCGGCAGCCGUGGAGCUCCGCCUCCACCCCGUGCGCGUGCCGCUCCGCCGGCUCGUGGCCGUGGCGGCUAUCCUCCGAGAGGAGGGGCUCCUAUGGGAGCGGGUCGUGGGGGGCGCGGGGGACGCGGCGGGCCCUUUCAGCCUCCGAGGGGCCGUGGCACUCGAGGCGCCCGGGGGAACCGCGGCGGUAACGUCGGCGGGAAGAGGAAGGCGGACGUAUUUAACCAGCCGGACUCUAAACGACGCCAGACCACCAACCAGCAAAACUGGGGCUCGCAACCCAUCGCUCAACAACCCCUGCAGCAGGGCUCCGAUUACUCCGGUAUGUACGGUUACAGCAACGACACGCUCGAGUUCUCCCAAGAUUCCUACGGCCAGCAGUGGAAGUAGAUGCUCGACGUCUGUGAAAGGUAUUCGAGAGUAAAAACGACGCAUCCAGACACCUUCCUACCUUCCUCCCAAGAAACGAGACCUGCGAUUGGCCGGCAGUGUUUGUUUGACUUUUCUAUUCCCCAGUCCCCGUGUUGAUUCUGUCUGUGGCCCACAACUGACUUCUCACGCAUCCCGAUUGGCUAAAGAGCAGAAUGUAUUUGACGUCCCUGAGCUCUGCCCUUGCGCUCUGAACUGAGCGGGACUUUUGUCUUAGAUCACUUUUAUUCCUUCUUUUUUUUUCUUGUUUUAAAAUCAACAACGAACGUUUUAAAGAAGAUACUGAUUUGCGUACGUGUGAGAGGACAUUAAAAUCAUGAAAUGCUCUUCAGAAAGAUGGUGUCCUACUUCCCACAGUCCUCCAUUUUCUCUCUCUCUCUCUCUUUCUCUCUCUCUCUCUCUUUCUUUCUCUCAGUACUAGUGGCGUUAGGGACUCGCUGUAAAUACUGGCUGUUGACUAGAGCUUGAUUUUCAUCUUUGUUUUUUGGGGUUUUUUGCAAAAGUGGAGAAAAGAAUCCACAAGAAGGAAAAAAAAGUUUUGUAGCAGGAGUGCUGUUCAAUGUGUCUGUUAGCAUUUCUAGAAGUAGUUGAAUUGUGUUUUUUAAAAACUGAUAUACUGAUAUUAUAACUUCAGAUGUUUUCUUUUUAUUUUGGGGUUUGGUCUGGCUUACCUUAAGAGCUGCGGCCGGCUGGUCUGAUGUUUGUAUUUAUAACUUUUUUUUUGUUGGUUCAGUUUCAAUAAAACUCAAUCGAGCAACUUC